AUGGACAGUGGCGUCACUACAGUUGACUGCGAGAAACAAGUUAGAUCAUGGAGGCUGCUACGUUCUCUCAUGCAACUCUUAGUUCCCACAUGCAACUGUGCCACCAUUAUAGAAGACCAAGAUGUAACAAACGAGUGCCUCGAAAAUCCCACCAAAUUCUAUUCACCGUCACUCACGAUGAACUCCAGCACCAUCACAGGCACCAUCUUCGGAUACCGUAGAGGAAAGGUGAGGUUCUGCAUUCAGGCAAACGCCAACUCCAACCCUAUUCUCCUCCUGGAGUUGGCAGUUCCAACAACCAUCUUGGCCAAGGAAAUGAGAGAAGGAACACUGAGAAUCGCUUUGGAGAGUUGUGGUGACAGCGAGGACAACAAUAAUAACAACACAAACACGAACACACUUUUGUCCACCCCUUUGUGGACUAUGCACUGUAACGGGAGGAAGGUGGGGUAUGCUGUUAAGCGUAGACCGUCGAACAGUGAUUCUGAAGCGUUGAGGUUGAUGCGUUCGGUUGUGGUGGGAACUGGGGUGGUGAAGUGCAAGAAAGAAGAUGGUGAAGUGAUGUACCUUAGAGGGAGAUUUGAGAGGGUUCGUGGGUCAGAAAACUGUGAAUCGUUCCACUUGAAUGAUCCAGAAGGGGACAUGGAUCAGGAGCUUAGUGUUUUCUUUUUAAGGUCCAGGUGA